GCAAGCAACCCCAUCCACGAAACUUCGCGAGAAAUCACGUCCGUCGAGAAAGAAAAGAUCGGUUCGCGAUUUAACGCGGGAUCGCGAUCGGCUGUCGAUCGAGAUCGGCUUUUCACUUGACACUCGGGCAAAUUGAUUUUUGUGGAGCUCUCGUGUCCUCUCGUCGCGUUACUUCGAUUCGCGCUUAGUUUGCACUAAAAGGGAAAAAAGUAAUCGCUCGCCGAAGUGCGAUCAGUGGUGACAGUAUCAAAAAUGCAGAGAGCCAUCUCUAAAUCAGUGCGUCGAGGCACUUCGACGUUACGUGAGCGUAGCGAUCGCAAUUCCGCCUAGAAGUUCGAUAUUAAGCAGCGAUACCACGUGGAACUUCGUCCACGAGAUUUCCAAUCUUCACUCGCGGUUUGGAUUUACGAACACAACGUAGUUUCGUACAAAUGGUCAUCAAAAAUCACUAAUCGCCACGCUCGCAGUCUGAGACGGAAUUACUUUUAUCGUAAAGUCAAACGCGCCGAACGCCGAGCAGGCUCGUGAGACGUUCCACUCGUGCAAACGGGAAUACGUCGAACGUCGAGGCGCGUGAUGAAGUAAGAAGGGAGGCGGUGUGGUGGUGGUAGACGCGACGGGUUUGCUGGUGCGUGGGUGCACGCGUGUAAUGGUGGAUCAAGUUGUACGCGCACGAUGCAGCUGAUGACCUUGAACUCUCUGCUGAUGUUCGACCUCGUGUUCCUGUUUUUCCUGUUCCUCGUCGGUGUCUCCUGCCUCGUGUACUACCUGCCGGGUACUCGGGCGCAUGCUUUCGCGCCGCACGAGAUCAUCACGGCGCGAAUGUCGCCGCGCUAUGACGCACCGAUCGACAAUGUGUAAGAAUGCUGACGGAUGUGACCGGGGGCCCAGGACUCGCAGUAGUGGCAGGGGACGUCCUUACCCUGCGAGGCACAGGACUCGCUGCUGCAGAAACGUGGGCUCUCCUCUGCCAGGCAGCCCAGGCCCUCCAGGAUCUUUUUCUAUCAAAUGGAGGAGUGGUGGGUGGUUCGAGAGCAGGACCAGUGGUGACUCCGCAUACGCUGGAACUGACACCACGUGGUAGGGUUUUGCUGCAGCUCGCACCGCCGGAAACUGCUCGGGCGUACCUGCCGCCAGAAUAUCGACCCGGCCGCGUAUAUUCGGACACGGAUUCGGAAAAAAUGUGGAUGUAUUCCUUAGGCAGAGCAUUAUUAGACACGACUCCAAGAGCAACGGCGUUAACGGGGACCGUUUCCGUUUCGCCCUCUUCCGCUUUGCAAUCAGUGUUGGCCGCCAUGACGGAGCCUGAUCCUCGCAGACGUGCCUCCUUGAUGAAUUUGCUCGACGUAAUAUCCGAAUAUUGCCGAACGCGUCUACAAGCAAGGCCCUUCACGCACAUAGUGAUGGAGAUGUAUCGAGAGGUUGUGAAGUCGCCGCAAUAUGCAGCGCGGAAACGAGCAGUUCACUAUCAGCUGAAUGCCCUGUGCCCUACACGAAACAUGGUCGAACAAUUGAAUCAGCAGAAGAUCUACAGUCUCCCACUACGACAGCAGCAGGAAUAUGUCCAAGCUAUGAAUGGUCAACCUUUUCAAUAUCAGGCUCAUAUUGGGCAACAUUUGUCAAAUCAGUUAAUUGUCCAACGGCAGCAGCAACAACAACAACAUAAUCAUGUUCAACGGACAGUCAAUCAAUUUCGCUCGCUUCACCAGCAACAAGAUCACACGCAGCAGCUACCAAAGAGUCAGCAGGAUCAUGGUAGUCAUCAUUACAAUUACCAGCACGCAAAAGGGGCGCAUUUCAGAGCACAAUCACGCAAUUCCCAGUCGCAUCCCAAUUUAACGAGCUUGUGCGACUCGCAGCAGCAGCAGCAACAGCAACAACAACAACAACGAGAGACCGCCCUCAGCGCUUACAGGGCGCACUUUCAAUCGCAGCUGGAUAUCCAAAGCGGCAGCCGAUCGAUAGGACCAGCGACGGCACGUCGGAUUCAUCAUCACUCGAGGACGUAUUCGCAACCGGUUUACACGCGGCUUCAACACACCAGGAGUAGCGGCAAUCUGCCGACGGCGACGAGCGCGAUGGCCGACGGUAAUCCCGACGGGAAUGUUUACAACGACCCGAUAUAUGCCCUGCCAGUUAAGCCCUUCCUGAGCUCCCAGGAUGUGCGAGUCAAUGGACUGUCGGCAAAAACUCACCCGAUCUGUCACGGUGACGACGUUUACGGAUCGUCAUCGAUAAACAGGCAUCCUUCGAAUACCGGUCGUUCUCAGCCCGACGUAACUUCGCAACCAAAUGAGCGUCUUCGCGAAGAUAUGUACGGACGAACACCUCCGGGAAGGGUGCUCCUGCAAAGGCAACACUCGAACCCGCAGCUACCGAGCAGGACACAAGCUGACGAGGAUUUCAAACGAUUGUCGCAACCGAGCGUCGCAACAGCCGAGCCUCGAUACGUCGGCGUUCCGCGAAAAGAAGAACAAACGGUACGACAACACAAUUCAGCAACCAUGAGACUAAGGGGUAUCCAGGGACCCCCGAAGCCACCUCGAAUUAUCACCACUCUGAGAAAAACCGCUCUCUCCGAUUCGGAAUGCAACAGCCAUACAGAGCCGCCGGCAAAGCCUCCCAGAAUUAUGGUGAGGAACGGGCCAAGAGCUCGACGAGGAAAAGCAGUUCAAAGAGCACCGUCGCGCUUGUACAGAACAGUGGGUGGACCCACGAGGUGUUUCAAUAAGGCGCGAUGUGUUGGUCCUGAAUUUGUGGUUCGUGCCAAUCAACCCCCGAAGACGUUAUGCGUGGGACAAGUCAAGGCGGGAAACUCUGGCCGGAUAGUCGUAAUAAUGCUAACAGGACAACGCGUGGAGGUAACCUGUGAUCCUCAAAAGGUCACCGCCGGGGAUUUAUUUCAGGCUAUUGUUCAAGCGGAAAGUCUCGAUGAAAACUUCACUCUAGGGCUGGCCGUGCUAUUGGCCGGGGAUUUCGCUAUGUUACCACCCGACACGAAACUAAAUAAAGUCGCACCACCGGGAUGGUUAAGCAGCGGUAAAAGCAAAGGUUUUCUGGGCCUACCGACUAGUUUCAUGCUGUAUCUGCGGCUCCGAUUCUUCCUGCCAUCUCUUCGUGGCAUCAGGAGUUGGAUAUCGAAGCAUCUGCUAUAUCUACAAAUAAGGCGAUGUAUACUGGAGCAGCAGCUGGUCUGCCCAUAUUCCGAAUUAAUCAAUUUGACGGGCCUCGCACUUCAAGCUGAAUUCGGGAACUACAACGUCAACGAGCACGGCUGUGGGGAUUACUUCCUCCUCGAACACUACGUGCCGGAGUCCUUGGUAUUGAGCGCGGACCGGCAUCAAUCGCAACCCUGCGUCGACGCCGAUACACUUCGGGCGCAGCUACACCACGCUCACCGCGACCGUCGUGGCUUGGACUCGAACAAAGCCGAGGAGAUGUUCAUAACUCACGCGCAGUCCCUGCCGGAUUACGGUUCGCACUACUACAUCGCCACGGUAGACUCGAAGGAGCUGGAGAAACUGAUGGUGCGACAGAGAAAGGGGAAGACCGCCGUGUCUGACAACCGUGACGUCGUGUCGCCGCACGAUGGUGCGGGAAACGCUUAUCGUCAGGAGAAACCCGCUCGGGAAAUCUAUGACAGGAUCGGGAUCCCGCGAUUAAGCUCUCGCGAAAAUGUACCGAUGAUACCUUACUCGGACGAGCACGCGAAGAACGCUGGUUUAUGCCGCGAUGAAACGUGCAAUAACAAUAAUAACAAAAACAACAAUAAUAAUAUUAACAACGUUAAUGGAAAUAAUAGUAAAAACAGUAAGAGUAGCAAGAAAAAAACGGAGAGCAACGUGUGGCUGGCGAUACAUUCUCAAGGUUUGAAACUGUUGGAGCGAGGGGGCGAGCCCAGGGAGAGAACGGAACUGGCCCACUUUCUGUGGCGGGACGUGCAGACGUUGAGUUACAGUAAGAGUUGCUUGGUGGUGUACAGCAAGCUGAAUGGAAAACGAUGCAAGUUCAAAUUGCGGAUGGAUCAUCGAAAAAGUUACUUCGCCUUCAAGCUCACCUCCCUGCAUCAUCAGUUCUUCCUUAGACUUCGCUCGGAGCUCACGUCGCUUCAGGGCCUCGCUAAAGAUUUUGGAGUGCCCCUGGCGGAAACAAAACUUACACCAUUAAAAUCCAAGAUCGGCGACGGUAAAACUAAGAUAACGAUCGCGAGCGCGGUUAAAGUGCAGCAGAGAUUAAAUUAUCCGAUGCAAUUGGAAGAAUAUCAAAACAAAGAGAACGAAAAUCCUCAGAAAGACACAAUUGUAGUGACGACAACGAAGGACGCUGGUCGCGAACCCGGCUUUUAUUCGUCCGAAGAAGACGUUCUUUACGCGCAAGUAAACGUGCGAUUAGAACCAGAGGGUCAAUCGCGAGACACAGAGGAAGAAUCGGAGAGAGGCUUAACGACACCGCACAAGAUCCUGUUGGAACCCAGAGAAACGAAAUCAGAGCACGACAAACUCUAUAGCUGCCCCGGGAUAGACAGUGAAGUUGAAACCGAGUGCACAUAUUCGCUCCCAAAAGUUAUAUCGAACAACAUCAACCAGCUAGAUAAACCUAACAAUCCGGAGGAACUAUACGCCGCUAUUAAUAAAGUUCGUUUAACGGGAAAGAGUGAAUUUCCUGUUCCGGAUGAAGUUUGGAAUGUGGCGGAUGUCAAGAAAACAUUGCAGAAGAUGAAAGCGGCCAGUUUACCGAAUCACGGAGCGCCGAGGCAGUCGGGUGGUUUUCGUACACCCAGCCUACCGCGUCGGUUGGGUGUAAAAAUGGGAACGCGAGCGAUUUACAGCAGCUUAGUCCAGAAAGAUACCGCGCUUACCGACGACACGGAGUCACUAUCUCUCAAGUCCGAUACCGAAUCGUCUGUUCAAUCACUAUCGGCACGAUCUACCGAGUCACCUAUGCCAGAAGCGUAUGUGCUAAAUGCCGACAUACGGACCGACGACGAAACGUUCCGAAUACCGGAGGACGAAUCGAUGUCCGCAUCCUUAAUGGCUCGUUUGGAAGAGCUGUCGUUCGCCGAGGAACGAAUUUUGCACACGAUCAAGUUGGAACGCGGCCACGGUGGUAGCAUAGGUUUGCAAGUAAUGGAGGGUAACGACGGUGGCGUUUACGUUCAGGCGGUCUCCGUUGGCGGAUCAGCCGAUAUGGCCGGAAACGUAAAUAAAGGUGACCGGAUCGUAGCAAUAAACGGACAAAAUCUGCUGAACCUUCGUUACGAGGACGCUCUGAAGAUGUUGCAGAGCUCGUCUGAAACGGUCGAGUUGGUUCUGUCGCAGCCCGCUAUUCGAAAAAGCAUAGAAUCGAGAAAUGACCAGGGCCAGGGCUCUGUAGAAAAUAAUUACUUACAUAACAUCAAAUUCGAUGUGUCAUCGGAGGCGGAAACGUCUAGUAUGAUGAACAAGUGGAUCGUUCAGAAAACCACGGACGUAGCGUCGGUGCAGAAUACUUCAAGCGCAUAUAGCAGUGCCGCAUCCAGCGCUAUGGGCAAUCAUAAUAACGCCAACAGCCUAUACAUGACUGAUUUCAUUGAUGACAAUAAUGCGUUAAAAUCUGCCAAUAAUGGAAAUUUAACCGAACCACCUGUGCCACCGCGGCGAACGAAACGUAAGAUCAAAAUUGCACCGAUCGAACCGUUGGUAGCGAAUGGAGCAGUAACGGGAACCACGAAUGACGUCGCGAUAUCUCAGCAAAAACGUCCGCCGCCGCCGUCGCCUCUGCCGGAAAUAUGUCGACGAAACAAUUCUGCAUACCUCGAAAACCGCCAGCCGCAAUGCGACAUCGCGGCGAACUGUCCAAGAGUCGAAAGCGAGCAACACCGCCGUGAGAGUCGCGUCAUCGUCAAAGACAGCUCGACGACGAGCAACAGCGAUGACCCAAUUCCAAAGUCAAUCGUAUCGAAACCGCCGUUUCUGUCUUCCGUCGAUGUCGCGUUGUCUAAGCGAAAAGCAACCGACAAAUAUCCACCGCUCUUUUUCACUCUGCACGAUUUCGAGAACGUAGUGUCCAACACAUGGGAUAGAAACAAUUCUGUGGAUCCCGAAGACACAAAAAACUUACACGAGAAAGAAUCGUCGAAAGUGCAUAUGUUGGAUGACGGUGAUGUUUGUUUUCGCGUAACGACAACGAACCUUCCGUUCGAGAAGUGUCUGGACAGAUCGGACAGAUGGAGGAACCCUUUCGACGACGACGGUGACUUCGUUCGAAAGUUUGACGACUAUCGAUUCGAAGAUACCACGAACAAAAACAAUCGAAUAAAUGACAAGAGAUCGCCUGGUUAUGAUGUUUUCAAUAAUAAUGACGAUUCAAAAUGUCGUACAGGCACGAAGGUACGAUUCGUGAUCGAAUCGUCAAAUUCUUCCUCGUCCAAACGCGACUCUAACGUAAAAAACGGUGUGCCAUGUGACAGUUCACAAAGCUACGAAUCCACUCUCGGCGAUGAACAAGCCGGCGAACAAAGCGCCGCUUCUUCCGUGAGAUUGACUGAAAUCCGAGAGGACGUAAAAGAUUGCUGUGACAAUACGCGAGAUAAAUCAUACACGUCGAGUGUCGAGAAAGGAAAUUCCGCAACGAGAGAAGACGAUCCUUUUAUACCGGCGGGCGCAAACAAGGUUGACGCGAAAUUAAAGACGAUUCCACAAACGUAUUGUGACGAUAGAAAUAACGACGUCAAUUGCGAGGAAAUUCGCAAAGAGGAUUCUAAUUCGAUAUCAUGGAACAUGCGAGCCAGCGAUGAGAGUCUCAAAACCGGAAAGGAAAAUAUAAUAACGUUAAUAACGGGACAAACUAUCACAAACGAGAAACACGACGCAAAACAAGUGGAUCAAAGUAAUAAUACUUCAGAAGUUACGGAAAACGUUCAUCGCUUUACAGAUAAAAGUUUAGAAACGGCUUGCAGAAUUGAAGAAGCGGCGAAAAUAACACAAAGAAGAAUACACCGGGAAGAAAAAAAGUUUUUUCAAAAAACUUGCGAUGACAUCAACGAGAAAUGUGUUGCCAAGAACGAAAAAGCUUUUUUCGAUGAGUCAUCGCCAAUUUUUUUAAACGAAUGCAAUGACGUUAAAUCAAACAAGAACAUUUCUACUGAUGAUUUCAAAUCGGUCCAAUUCGAGCAAGCUCGACGGCUUCCUGAAGAGAAUAAGGAAAGAAACAAUUCUUUCGUGGAUUCCAAGAAUAACCACGAGACAAUUUUACCGUCGGAAGACAUUUUCGUAAAGAAUAUACCCGUGAAAGUUAGACGAAAUUCUUUUUUGGAAACUAUGCUAUCUGACGAUUCAACAGAUAUUUCGAUGAAUUACGCGGUAAUUUCUGCUAUAACUUCAACAAGCAUUGAUAAAGAAUUAAGCGACUCUAAUAAAUCAUCAGAUAAAAUUCGGGAAUUAGAAACAGAUGUCACGACAGAAAGUGAACGUUUGCAUGAUUUUUCUAAUGCGACAGAAAUGGAUACAAAAAAUCAAAAAGUUUUAAAAAACUCCAAAAAAAUGGAAGAAAAGAUUGUUAAGAUUUCAAACGUAAAGUCAACGCAAUCAGAAAAUAAAAGUGCCAGUGACGUAAAAAAUGACAUGCUGAAUGAGCUUCUCUGCAAUUUUAAUAACAUAAAGUUAAAAAUAGUGAGCCCCGAGAAUAAGAAAGCAGUAACAAAGAUAGAAGAUGACAAAAAUAUUUCUCGCUCGAUUGCGAUCGAUAACAGAAUUUCCAAAGAAAAAGAGAAUGCAUCUAAAUUUAAAAGAUCUCGAAACGACGUUUGCAGCAUUCCUUUAAACACCAAGGCUAUUGACGUAAAUAAUGAUACAAUAAUCGUUGAGGAAAUUGUGAAGGAAGAUUUCACGAAAAUGAAGAUCGAGGAAAGGCCUCAAGAUCUCAGGAACGACACUCCAGUGAUUAGCGAAAAAAUCAUCAAGAUUAAUAGUAUUGAAAAACUCAACAAAUCAUCCUGCGAGAUUAAAAAUAAAAUUGUAAAGGAUAACUCCAAAAUGAAUAUCGAUACAAAUUUUGCAGAUAUCAAAUCAGAGAAGAUCAAGAUAAAAACGAGUAACGGGAAAAUGUUCGAGGAGACAAAAAGUGCAGUCGAGGCGAAUCGAGAGCAUAAAAAAUCGCGAGAUAUUCGCAUCCCCAAGACGAUACUUAAGAAGACUAGCGUUGAGUGUGAGCGGCAGCAAGCCAACGAAUUCCAGAAGAGAAUUCCCAUCGGAGCACCCGCGACAAUGAACAAGAUUUUCGAUAGUAGAGAGUUCAAGGCGACGCGCAGAAACAGCCUGGAAAACGGCAGGAAGUGCGAAAAAGCUUCGAGGGAGAUUCACACUCGCGGCGAAGAAAAGACUGACGAAGUAAUCGCGGACGAUGAGAUCGACGAUGAUCGAAGAAGGAUCGCGAAUCGAUCGGCAUUAGCAUUAGUAAAGGAUAGUAGCGACGAUAAGUGUGCCAUAGCUAGGAAAACUAUUUCCUUAAGCCCUUGUAAUAAUAAUGACAAUAACAGGGCCGUAACACCUGUAGCUAACGUAAGUAAUGACCAAUCAUUUCGCGACGUUGUAACGAUAACCCCGGGUAAAGUUAGGAGUUUCGUUAAGUAUUACGAGAUUCGGGGCGAUGCGACGACCGUCGAAAGACAUUCUAAAAUUAACGAUAGGGAGAAAGUAGCUAGGCGUAAGUUCACGAAGAGCCAAGCGGCGUCCAUUGCCGCAAGAAACUCGCAACGGCCGGAAAUAAUAACGAAGGAAACGAAAGGUAGAGGCUGGAGCGUUAAAUCAAACGACUGCCAUCUUCCCGGAACGUCGUCGAAAACUCAACCUUCGACGUUCGCCCCGAGGGUCCCGGAAGGGCGUCUCAACAAUCCAGUCUGUAAGACGACGGAGAUGGAAUCGAAGAUGAUGGAGUAUGAAAAGAGCGGCUCGCACAUGUCCGAUAAGGAGACACGUGCGUCGUUCACUAAGACCAGCGCAAAAAAGUCGGUGCAGUUCCUAGGCAGCUUCACCGUAAUUCAGACAGAAACUUUCGUCAAAGACGAAUCCGCCGGGACUGUUGCGGGCCGCGAUACAAACGCGUUGAGAAAGAGGAGAGCCCCCGGAGUACCACCGGCGCGGGAUUGCGAUGAUUACCAGAAGCUUGUUCGCGAAAUCGCGAAAUCGGAGAAACCGCCGAGCGUCGGAAAAGAUUCCCUCCGACCACGGGAGGCCGUUACUCAGAUACAUGCAGUAGCCGAUCAAACACAGAGUUCAGGUAUUAAUCGCUUCGUUUUAAAACCAGAAACCCCACAGCUCGUAUUUUACUGUACUAUAUAAAUAACACACGUAGCCUUUACGAGUCGUCGUUGCUCCGAGUCUCAAAAAAAAAAGUAUUGCGUGUCGAAUCCCUGUGUAAGUAUUUUAAUUUUCGCUACCAACUGAAGAAUAGAUUUUACAACGCUAUAUAAUGCCUGCUAAAGAGUAAUUUCCGCUUGUUAAUGCACAUCGUGUGUUAUAAACUCUGAGUACGUAUGGAUUCAGAUUUUAUCUCAAAGACAAAGUCCGCUUUUUUACGCAAAAUAUUAACAUGCCUCCUCUAUUUACUUUCUAUACCGCCGUGAAACCACAAUUUCACGUUUAUGUCAUGAAUUCAUUAAAUAACAACUAUAAACUUUGAAAUUGCAGUAUCGAUUUAUCUAUUGAAACUAUUCAUUUAGCUGAACGUCACGUGUUCCGAUAAGCGAGAUACGCCACGCGCGUAAAUCCGGUUUCAAUAAGCCGGUCGCGCGGGAUCCCGAUAAAAGCAACGAGUGGAUUUGCAAUGACCAAAUUUUCCGUGUGUUCCAAAAGGAUUCGAGGAUCGCGGUGAAUCGUUCGGCAAACAGGCCGCUCGCUACUCCAGUUCGAGUGCUUUAACUGCAACGCGGUCUGGAUAUUCCUGACCGUGAACGAAUUUCGUCGAUUUAUGGAAAAAGACUUACACGAUACUUUCUUUUCCGCCAAGCAAUUGUUCGGUUUGUGACUCGUAAAAUACUCCAUGCUGUUUUCUCGGCAAAGCACAGAUUUCUUUUCUUUUUAUUCACUAUUUCACCUUGUAUACUGAUAUGAAAUUAUUUCUAGUGUUCUUAUUAUUCCUGCAAUUGUGUUUAAAGAAUUAAUUGGAUACUAUAACAAAGGCGAAUGUUGUAACAAUGACUGAGAGAAUUUUCAAACGCUCUCAUUUUAAACACAUACAUUAUGCAAACACAUUCGCGUAUCAUUAUAUAUUUAUGACGUUUUUUUAACCAAAUGACUUAAAAAACGGACUUCGUCUUAGAUGACGAAUUCAAGGUAAAGUUGUGUGACUUUAUAUUAAAAGAUAAAAAAGAUACUACGCGUAGAAGGAACAUAUUAUACAGCGCGAUUAUACAGAAGCUGUAAAAAUUCGCCUCGCGUAGAUCUAUUCUUCCCUUGGGAGCUCCGUGUAUCGUUAGUUUUGAGCACUGUGAAUAUUUUAGAUACAUACUUCUGAAAGGACUGCUUGUAGCUCUGUUAUUGUCGAGAUCUUCCCUGUGAGUUUUCGACGACGCAGUAUAUCAGGAAAAUCGCGCGUAUUCCAUUGUUUUAAUUUACGUGAAUAGAAUAACAGCGAAAUACACUAAACACUUGUUGCGCCAUUUAUAUUGCGCGUGUGUCUCGGUAUGUUGGUUUAGUUCAGGCUGGUCCAGGCUAGGAUUCAGGACUGGCAAGGACUCCAGAAUUAACUUAAGUCUGAGCAUACGACUAUAGGUUUAAUACUACUUGCAGAUACAAAGCGCCGCAAAAAGUACAUUUCGUUGACAUCAAUUUUACGUAGUGAAUCCGUAUUGUAUCUCUUUUUAAUUCGUUUAAAUAAAAUAAUCAGCAGAAAAUAGACUAAGAAAUAACAUACGACUAAUUUGAAAUAUAAAAAUGCGCGACAUUAAAUGUUUCCCGUAAUAACAAGUACCUAUUGUUUCAUUUCACUGCAAUAGAACUCACUCUCUUUUAAGUGAUUCUUUUUUUAUAAAUCGAUAACAAUAUUGUAAUAUAAAAUGUUUAUUGCGGUAGUGUAUAAUCCUCUUUUAUCAAGUUCUUAUCUGACCAGCUUACAGCAAUAAGGAUUCAGAGCGUCACGAAAGUACUUUUUACGAUGAAGCGGUAAUACGUGAUAUAGAGCAAUUUCCUUUGAAAAAAAAACGUGCAAUUUCGCGAUAAACGAGACGUAACGCACUUAUAAUUACAUAAUAGUAGUUCUGUUGACUUAUUGUAAGUAUUAUGAUUUAUCGUGGCAAGUGCAUUGUGCGAAUUAAAAGCGACGUAUCUCAGUUAGCCAUACCGGAAAUGCUUAUUGUUGUACGAUUUAGUAUUAUUAUAUGCACAUAUCUAUACAUAUACAUAUACACAUACAUCUAUAUAUAUAUAUAUAUAUA